AUGGAACCUAACGAUCGUUCGUCCCGUAUGAAGGUGCACAAAGAAUCAGGGAUUGCACAUUAUCAAAAGCAAAGCAUUGUUACAGUCAUCCCCAGGCUCCUCUACCUCAGUUUUGAAAAUAUUUUCUCCGCCACCAAAGUUGUGGCAUUAUUCAAACACGAGUGUGCACAUACAAUACAGUUUGGAAGCCUGAUGGAUAAAACAAAUACGACCACAGUGGAAGAGUUUAUUUUAUUGGCUUUUUCAGAUUUAUAUCAGCUCCAGAUUCCUCUCUUCUUUGUCAUUUUGUUUGUGUAUAUCAUGUGUGUGUUUGGGAACAUUUUAAUAAUCGUCAUAGUUAGGGUCGAACCUUCACUUCAUUCCCCGAUGUACUUUUUUAUCAGCACAUUAUCUGCAUUAGAACUAAUAUUUGUAUCUUCAAUUAUUCCUAAUCUUUUAGCUAACCUCAUUGCAGGUAAGAAAAAAAUAUCCUUCAUUGGAUGUUUCAUACAGUUAUUUGUUGGUUCUACCUUAGGAACAGCAGAAUGUUACCUACUUGCAGUCAUGGCUUUUGAUAGAGUCCUGGCUAUUAACAAGCCCCUGCAAUAUUCUACCAUCAUGACCCAGCAGGUCUGUGUGCAAUUUAUACUUUUACCAUUCAUUGUUGGGAUUGUCAUUUCAAUAAUUCUCACAGUGUUCACAGCAGAAUUGAAAUAUUGUGGACCUAAUGAAGUCCAUCAUUUCUUUUGCGAUUUUGCUGCUCUCCAGUCCUUGUCGUGUUCUGAUACCUACAACAGUCAGUUGGUUACAAGCUCCGGGGCCUCAUUUGCAAUUGUGCUCCCAUUUAUCACAACUGUAGGAUUAUACAUCCAUAUUAUUAUCAUCAUUUCUAAGAUUAAAAGCAAUAAAUCUAAACGGAAAGCCUUCUCCACCUGCUCUUCCCACCUCACUGUAACAGGUUUAUAUUAUAUAACAACCAUAGUUGUAUAUGCCACCCCAAGGGGUACCCAGUAUGACAGGUUCUUUGCCAUAAUAUAUAAUGUUAUUACCCCUCUUUUAAAUCCUUUCAUUUACACCUUUCGAAAUAAGGAUGUAAAGAGAGUACUCAUAAAAUCAAGGAGGUUAAAACUUUGCCAGGGAUCAUUCUAA